CAGCUUUUAAUGGUGCUGUGAGCAGUGCGAGGAGAAAACGCAGCAACGCCGCAGGCUUGUCCGGUGACUGUAGUCGUCCAAAUCCAACACAACGACAUUUUGACGGUUUGACAAACCGGCCGUGCGGACGUGACUCAGUUUUUAGGACAUAUUGGACUCUUGUGCUGGGGUUCCUGUUUUGACAAGAAAGAGAAGAUUUCAGAAGCUCCGUCUCUCGAGGAACUCCUGACAAGGGGCCAGAAAAUGAGCACAACACCAAUCUGCUCUCUCACUGACCAGUGAGCAGCCAUGAUCUCCCUGCAUCACCCAUCGAGGGGAACCCCUCUCCGCAUGUGGGACUGUUUUCUGACAUAGAUUUGGAAGAAAAGCUCAACCUCACAAUAGAGAUGGCAUUAGUUUGUUUGGGCUCUAACACAUCAGAGUACAUAUUAGAAUACAGGUGAGGCUGAACCUCGAGCCAAUAUCCACAGGACUCUUUAAGAGGAGGGAAACAGCUUCAGAUGACAUUUGCAGAAGGACAGAGCUACAGCCCAGCUUUCAUGAUUUAGUAUCCAUCCUGCUGCCUUGCUGACAAGGUCAUAUCAUGGCUGCUGCUGAUCCCCAUAGCAACAGUUCCUUGGCGGGGCGGGGAGCAGACUGAGAGAGUCAACAAUGCAGCGUAACGGUGGUGGGGUGGGUGCCGGAGGCCAGCCAUGGGUGUUACGGCGUGUGCGUCUCACCUGGCUCAGUUUCAUGCUCUUCUUCAUCCUGGUCUUCUUCCCACUCAUUGCCCACUACUACCUCACUACCAUCGAUGAAGCCGGGGGUCCCGAUAAGCGCAUCUUUGGGCCACGUCCCGGCGGCGAGCUGUGCGAGGCCAAACAUGUGCAGGAUCUGUGCAGAAUCCGUGAGUCGGUCAGCGAGGAGCUGCUGCAGCUGGAGGCCAAGAGGCAGGAGCUCAACGGGGAGAUCGCCCGACUCAACCUGCGCAUAGAGGCCUGCAAGCGCAGCAUUGACAGCGCCAAGCAGGAUCUGCUGCAGCUCAAGAAUGUUAUCAGCCAGACAGAGCAUUCCUAUAAAGAACUGAUGGCCCAGAACCAGCCCAAACUUUCACUGCCGGUCAGGCUGCUGCCAGACAAGGAGGACCCAGGACUGCCACCACCCAAGUCUGCACGCUCUUGCCGCCUACGCUCCUGCUUCGACUAUGCGCGCUGCCCUCUUACGUCUGGGUUUCCUGUAUAUGUGUACGACACAAGCUCAUAUCCAUGGGCGGACUAUAUCGACCCGUUGGUGAAGCAGGCUUUUGCAGCUUCAGUUAAGAGCAAUAUUUAUAUAACGGAUAACCCCAGCAUUGCCUGUCUGUAUUUGGUGCUAGUAGGGGAGCUACAGGAGUCCUCCUCUCCGCUGCCACCUCCUGCAGAGCUGGAGAAGCAGCUGAAAGCUCUCCCUUACUGGAGAUCUGAUGGACACAAUCAUGUACUGGUGCAUCUCUCUAGAAAGUCCAUGACACAGAACUUCCUGUAUAAUGUGAGCACGGGACGGGCAGCAGUCGCUCAGUCCACCUUCCUGGAGCAGCAGUACCGUGAGGGCUUUGACUUGGUCGUGUCGCCGCUGGUCCACGCCCUCUCAGAGCCAAACUUUUUGGAAGUGCCCCCUCAAGUUCCUGUAAAGAGGAAAUACCUCUUCACCUUCCAGGGGGAGAGGGUGGAGUCACUGAGGAGCAGCCUACAGGAGGCGCCACCUCAGUCUUUCGAGGAGGAGAUGGAAGGAGACCCACCUGCCGACUACGAUGAUCGCAUCAUCGGCACCUUAAAAGCGGUGCAGGACAGCCACUUGGACCAGGUGCUGGUGGAGUUCACCUGUAAGAACCCACGGCCGAGUUUGCCGACUGAGUGGGCUCUUUGUGGGGAGAGGGAGGACAGGCUGGAGGUGCUCAAGGCUUCAACGUUUAGCUUGGUGAUUGCUCCAGGGGACGGACAGCUGGUGGCCUCGGCAGGCUGUGGGAUGAGGCUUUUUGAGGCUCUAGAGGUAGGGACCAUUCCAGUCGUGUUGGGCGACCACUCCAGACUACCAUACCACCAGUUCAUUCGUUGGAGUGAAGCUGCCAUUAUAGUCCCCAAACCUCGUGUCACAGAGUUACACUUCCUGCUGCGCAGCCUAUCAGACAAUGACAUGUUGGCGAUGAGGCGGCAGGGCCGCUUCCUGUGGGAGACUUACUUCUCCACCUCAGAGAAUGUUCUGAACACCCUCCUCGCCAGCAUCAGAACCAGCAUCCAGGUUCCUGCCGCACCCAUCAAAGAAGAACCUGCACACGAGAUUCCCCACAAAGCAGGGAAGCUGGCAGGAACUGAUGCCAACCUGGCUGACAACGGGGAUCUGGAUUUGGGUCCUGUGGAGACGGAGCCCCCCUACGCCUCUCCACGCUUUCUCCGCAACUUCACAUACACAGCUGCGGACACCUACAGAGCAUGGAACCGGGCCCCAGGGCCUUUCCAUCUGUUCCCACACACUCCUCUGGAUCCCGUGCUGCCCUCCGAGGCCAAAUUCCUCGGCUCAGGUACCGGCUUCAGGCCGAUUGGUGGAGGUACGGGAGGCUCAGGGAAGGAGUUUCAGGCAGCUCUUGGAGGGAACGUACCCAGAGAACAGUUCACUGUGGUCAUGCUGACUUAUGAGAGGGAGGAGGUGCUGAUGAACUCUCUGGAGAGGCUGAAUGGACUGCCAUACCUCAACAAGGUAGUGGUGGUGUGGAACUCACCCAAGCCUCCCUCAGACGACCUGCUGUGGCCAGACAUCGGCUUGCCGAUUGUGGUUGUCCGCACAGAGAAGAACAGCCUCAACAACCGCUUCCUUCCGUGGGACGCCGUGGAAACUGAAGCCAUCCUGUCGAUUGACGAUGAUGCUCAUCUCCGCCACGAUGAGAUCAUGUUCGGGUUCAGAGUGUGGCGUGAGGCCAGAGAUCGCAUCGUGGGCUUCCCCGGGAGGUAUCAUGCGUGGGACGUCAACCAUCAGUCCUGGCUCUACAACUCCAACUACUCCUGUGAGCUCUCCAUGGUCCUGACAGGAGCCGCUUUCUUCCACAAGUACUACGCCUACCUGUACUCCUACGUGAUGCCCCAAGCCAUCAGGGACAUGGUGGACGAAUACAUAAACUGCGAGGACAUCGCCAUGAACUUCCUGGUCUCCCACAUCACCCGCAAACCACCCAUCAAGGUAACAUCACGUUGGACUUUCCGCUGUCCCGGCUGCCCUCAGGCCCUGUCACACGACGACUCGCAUUUCCACGAACGCCACAAGUGCAUCAACUUCUUCGUCAAAGUGUACGGCUACAUGCCACUGCUGUACACGCAGUUCCGCGUGGACUCUGUGCUUUUUAAGACUCGUCUGCCCCACGACAAGACCAAGUGCUUCAAGUUCAUCUAGCAUCGGGCUGAGCGGCCCAGCAAAGAGCCAGAAGCAACGAGGACAGAAGGACUGGAUGUGUUUAAAAGAGCAGCAGCUCCCACUGCGAGCAGUGAUGAAGACGGAUGGACGGACUGCCAGAUAAAUGCACAGAGGAAAAGUUUUGGGUUAGGAUUUUGCCCGGGAGGAGAGAUGAGUUAACCUUAAAAGCUGUUGGCUCGGUAGUCUAAUCCACAACUCUGCUGAAAAUUUGAAGAGUGGAAGCUGAAAGGCACCACUGCCAACAAAAUAAGCCUUUUCAGUGGAUGUCACUCCUCCUUCUUCAUGUUCUUCAAUCAUGCUCAAUCAUCAACCACUACAGAUGUCAUUUGCACCUCUUAACCGCCUGCUGAGGAAAGAGGAUGGUUGUACACAGUGUACAGAAACUUCCCCCACGAUUAACUCUACCUGACAAUGGAGCUAUCAGUUACCGAAUCACUGACAGACUGAUGUCAGGCCGCGCUCGUCCCGGCUGCUUGUUGACAGUUUCAGCUGGGAGAGCAAAACUGGCGACGGCACACGGCUGCC